GCAUGAGCGGCCCUCAAAUUCGCCUUCUCCCCGCUGCUUUCUCCCCCCUCUCUCUCUCCUCUCUCUCGCUCCGCUGACUCCGCUUCUCUCGCCGUUGCUGUCUCUCGGUGGUUCCCUCGCGAGGCUGCCCGUCCGCGGUGAAGAGUGACGGCCCCGGGGCUGACGGAGCGGCGGCGGAGCGCGCAGCGAUGAGCUCGGAAGAAAUUCGGGAGAGGUUGCGGCUGCGGCUGCGUCAGAAAAACCUGCAGGGCAGUGGCCACGCGACGAGGAGUGCUGUGAACACGGCUGACACCCAGGUACAGGAAUAUGUGGAAGAAGAAGCUGUGGAAAAUCUGGCGGGCAAGGAUGACGAGGAGCAGGUGGACAAGCUAAAGCAGACCCUCGCUGCCAGGCGGCGGCAAAGAAAAUCUCAGUUUGUGGACCAUGUAGAAGAUUUGACCUCUAAAGAGGUUGUGGAAGAAUCAUCUUUUGUGAAAACUCGGCCUGUCCCUUCUCUAGAGAGUACUGCACUUGGUAUGAGCAUGAGGGAAAGGAUGCGAGAGAAAAUGAUAGCAGCAAAGAGCAAGGCGGAGAGCUCGCUGAAGGAUGAGGAGCGGCGAACUUCCCUGGGGUCUCCUUCGGAACCGAGCCGCCGGAGGAAAACCCGGCUUGAUUCCCAGCGUGAUGAUGAUGAUGACGACGAAGAUGAUCCUGCAGCUCAGAUGAAUUUCCAGAACCUGGUCAGCAAGGUCAAAGCCAAGUGCUCACAGAGCAAGAAGGCACAGGCGGUGGGGGAGGCUGCUGCGCCCAGCCGCGAGGAGGCCUUCAACUUCUUCACGGCCACGUUCGAGGCGGAGCGGCCACCUCGUGACGGGGCUCGGGCUCGGGCCGAGGGGAGCGCAGGAGCUGCUGUGGCCGACAGAGAGGCUGCGGAGCAGGAAGAGGCGAGCGAGGAGAGGCCCCUGGUGGCCGAGAGGGCAGGAGAUGAGGAAGAAGGGGAGGAGGAGGAUGGAGACGAGGCUGAGGAUAUGGAGAAGCUGAUCCUGGGCAACCUCUCUCCCUGGGAGGUUCUGGAUGUGGUCCCUGCUGAGUACCAGAGCAUCCAGAAGCUCAGCGAGAACGAGCAGAAGAUGCUUUACAUCCCCAGCGCCAUGGCAGUGCCUGCAUCACAGAAGAUGCCCCCGGAUCAGGAAGUGCGGUACCUAGAGGAUGAAGGCUUCUACGUCGGGCAGAGGCCCACAGUCACCCUCACCAACCAGAACAUCAUGGAGCACCGACUGCUCAAGAUGCCCGGGGGCAAAGAGUGGUUCGGUGACGACGGCCGUGUCUUGGCUCUGCCGGAUCCCCUGAAGCCGGAGGCGACGCGCCCACCCGAUACAGAGCGGGAGGCGCGGGAUCAGGGGCUGGAGCUCAUCUUCCAGAAGCCCGAGCUGCAGGAGGUGGACACUCGCGGCGUGACGGCGCCGGGAGCUUGCGGCCGCUGCCAGCUCGACGUGGAUCUGUGCGGCGUCACGUUCCUGCACCACGCGCUCUUCAGCCGCGAGCACGCACUCGCCUCCCGCCUCAGCCAGCUGUACGCGCAGUACCUGGCGCGCCAGGAGGAGCGCCGCGCCGACAUGCUCGACGACAAGCUGCGGGCCUUGCGGAAUGCAGUCAAGAACAUCUCCACAAACAUGGAGGUCCUGGUCCCAGCCACGCGCAAGAGGGUUCAGGAGUACACCAACGAGAUCAGGCAGACCCGGAGACUAAAUGAUAUUGAGUUAGAGAAAGACCGAAACCUCUUAAAGAGUCUUUUGAAAACUUGGAAGGAGAUCAAGAACUUGCGAGAAUUUCAAAAAUACACCAACACGCAGCUAAAGCUCCAUAUACGCAGAGAGGAGAAGAGGCGGCAAGAAGAUGAGUCACAAUACGAGCAGGAGAUCGCACAUGAGGUGGAUGAGAUGGAGCGGGAGUUCCAGGAGGAGUUUGAGAAGCGGAUGAAUGAGUACCGGCUUCAGUGUGAUGUGUGGAAGCUCUGGAGGAAAAAGCAGAGAGCACGUCUGAAGAAAAAGAAGAGCAAGAAGGGGCAGUCGCAGGGGGAGGAUGACAGAGAGGGGCUGACAGGGGAAGAUGAUGAGGAGGAUGGUGGUGAUGCAGGCGCUGAGCCCCUGGAUGAGGAGCCACCCAAACCCCAGAAGCCAGAAACGUUUGACCGCACAGCUGCCGAGCAAAUGGUCCGGGAGAAGGCCGCGCGCAUCCGGCGCAGGCCUGGAGAGCCCCUUAUCACGCUCGAGCUAUCCAACACUGCCACCGUGACACCUACCAACCAGUGCCCCCGCCCCGAGCAGCAGCGCCGGCAGGAACUGCAGAGGUACUCGCUGUUCGUGAAGGUCCUCUUCAACAACAAAGAGGUGUCGUGCACGACGAGUCGCCCCCUCAAUGCCGACUUCUCCAUUCACUUCGGGCAGAUCUUCAACAUCCAGAUUGUGCACUGGCCUGAAAGCAUCAAGCUGCUGCUGUUCGAGACUGUGGGAGUGUCGACCGUGCGGUUGGCAGAGAUGUUCGCUCAGCUCCCCGACUUGAACGUGGUGGCUGGGAACUGCCCCCUGCAGGAGCUGGAGUUUAGCAGCGAGCAUCAUGUUUCUUUCCCGCAUGAGGGCAUCGGCAGCAACGUUCCGGUCACCCUGGGGGUGGACAAGGAGAGCACGGUGACGCUGCUCACGUCCGGAAAGUUGGCUUGCAGCGUGGCCUGGGGCGUAGGGAGCGACGGGAUUCCACUGGCACCGGCACUCGCAUCGCAGCAUGGCGACGGCCUGCGCAGUGCGGCGAAUCGGGUGGAUGCCAUCGCGUCCAUCGGGGCGUCCGCACUAACGGACGUCAACAAGCUGGCCGCGUGGGCCAAGGAGUCGCGGCUCGACCCCAACGACCCCAGCAAUGCCGCCCUCAUGCAGCUCAUCACUGUUGUGACGAGCGGCGAAGUUGAGGUCACCGACUACUUCAGGUUGGAACAGCUGCAGGAGGAGUUCAACUUCGCAACGGAGGAGGAGAUGUCAAUGUCGCGCCGCCUGCGCCUCCUGAAGCUGCGUAGUCGCGAGGUGCCCGAGUUCCGGAACUAUCGGCUGGUGCCACCGCUGGACCGCGAGAUCCCAGAGAAGGUGUUCCAGGAAUAUGAGAAGAAACAAAGGGAGAAGGAUAUUGUUGACACGACGGAGCAGUUGAUUCGCUACAGGGCUAUUGCUGCCAUCUACAUGAAAAAGAUCCGAGAGUCUGUGAUGAGCCGUUUUGUGCUGGCGAGGCAUCACUACGUGCUCUCCGACCUCAUCCUGGAAGAAGAGAUGCCAAACAUCGGAACGCUGGGCCUGGGCCUCUUCAAGCUCACGGAGGCACGCCGCCCCCUCAAGCCACAGCGCAAGGAGCGCAAGCGGGUGACCGCGCAGAACCUGACGGAUGGGGACAUUACGCUGCUCGUCAACAUCGUGCGGGCCUACGACAUCCCCAUGCGCACGAUGGCCACCAAGCAAGCCGGCACCAGCAGGGCGAGAGCAGGCCGUGGAGCCCAGGACACGUUCAGCGCUGGGCAGGCCCACCACGACAACGAGGCCUUCUAUAGCCAGGUGCUGGUGCGUCCGUUCGUGGAGGUGUCCUUCCAGCGGGAGGUGCGCCGCACCACGACCGCCGACGGACCCAACCCCAACUGGAAUGAAGAGCUGGUGUUGCCCUUCAAAGCUUGCAAUGGAGACUACAGCGCAGCUGGGCUGAAUUCCACAAGAGAUGACAUUUUCAUCAACAUGUUUGACGAAAUUGUGUAUGACAUCCAGGAGAACGACCGGGAGGCCGGAAAUGUGAUCCACACCCGCGUGGAGAGGAACUGGCUGGGCUCCAUACGCAUCCCCUUCACCACCAUCUACUUCCAGUCCAGGAUUGAUGGCACGUUCAUGCUCGACUCGCCACCGGUGCUGCUGGGGUACAGCCACGAGAACGAGGGACGCUGGGACUCGAUGGCUCCCCCACUCGCCGCUGGAGAUGCCACCUAUCUCACCCUGUUCAUCACCACCGAGCCUCAGCUCAUCCCUGCAGAGCCUGUCAGAGAAAAGUUCGACUCCCAGGAGGAUGAAAAGCUGCUCCGGAUGGCUGACGCAUUCGCUGCCCAGUGCGAGGCGUUAUUCCCCACACGUCGGCUCGCCACGACUGUGGCCGACCUCAACGGCCGGGCCGUCUUCGUGUGCCGAUUCAUUCGCCCGCUACAGCCGCCGCCCGAGCUCCUGCAGGCCCACCCUGGCAACCUGCAGCUCACGGCCGAACUGCUGGCUCGCUACGUGUCCCUUAUCCCCUUCAUUCCGGACAGCGUGAGCUUCAGCGGCGUCUGUGACCUGUGGAGCACAAGUGAUCAAUUCCUGGAGCUGCAGUGUGGGGACGAGGAGGAGCACGCUGUGCUGCUGUGCAACUUCUUCUUGGCGCAGGGAAUGAAGGCCUGGCUGCUGCUGGGCACCGCGGUGCCAGAGGGUUCCACAGCCUAUGUAGUGACCCAGGAGGAGGGCAGCUACAACCAGUUUGUGAUCUGGAACCCAAGCACGGGGCGCAGCUACAAUCAGCACGACCACUUCUGCCCUCUGCAGAGCGUGGGCUGCCUCAUCAGCGCUGACAAUAUCUGGUUCAACAUCCAGCCGUACGACUUGCCCGCGCGCAUGAACUUCGCCGUGAGCAACGCCAGCUUGUGGAAGCCCUUCUUCACGCGCAGCUUCCCGAUCCCAAACCUGCCCAGUGUACAGCCAGCGGAGCUGAAUCAUGUGCCUCCAGACAAGACAUCUGCGAUGGAGCUGCAGGCUCGCAUUGAGAAGAUCCUGAAGGAACGAAUGAUGGUGUGGCGGCCGCGGCAGCCGACGCGCUGGAACCGGCAUGUGACGGCUGCGCUGCGCGAUCUGUUGCCGGCCCUCGAGCGCGGUAUGGGCCGUGCCGUUGAGGAGCAGCACCGUGCUGAGCUCGCGCACACGCUCGCCGACUAUCGGGUCUCGGGCUUCCCCAUCCACAUGGCAUUCACGGAGCUGCAGCGUUUGGUGGAGGCUGUGUACGGCUCGGGUGUGCACAGCAUUGACCUGCCGGGCACGGAGUUCGCGCUGGCUGUCUACAUGCACCCCUAUGCGAACCACGUCAUGUCUGUGUGGGUGUACGUGGCUUCGCUAGUGCGAGUACGAUAAUCGUUCUGCCGAAGACCCCCCCCCCACCCCAUCCUUGUACCGCCAUCGCCUUUGGCGACUGUGGCUUCCUGCAUUGAAGGUAUCUGCUUGUCGCAGGCAAACUUGCUUAGUUUAAACCUUAGCUGUUUUACAGAUUUUUUUGGAGACUGAUUUUUGGAAAUGUCUUUAACCUGCAUAUAUUCUGUGAUCCAUGUAUUCCUCUGUCUGUCAGUUUCAUUCUAAGCAUGCACCUCCCAUUCUUUUUAGCAGACUUUUUCAUCUUUUCCUCUAUUUACUUUGAAAACAUUAUUAGUGGGCUUGGACAAGACAUGGUUAAGACUAACAACAUUCCGUCUCGGAGUUGCUAAAUAGACUGUUUCAUCGCAGGAGUGCGAUAUAUGGCAAUAGCUUUGGGAGGGAUGAAUCCAGCGGUGGGUAUUUAAUUGCUGAUGAUGAUUUUUGCAUCUCUAUUUUUGUUGGACUAUCAUAGGUGUUUGGCUGUGGAGUUCACUUUGGCAGAACUGCCAGGAGGCAGAAUUUUGCAGUUAUGAUGCUAAGGUUUUCACCAUAGCCUAUGAUGCUCCAAAAAUUAAAUACAUAACCUACUAGUAUCAUUGACUGGUUCCAGAUUGCUUUGUUUAAAUUGUCUGAACAAUGAAUGGUCGGCAUAGCUAGAUAAUUAUGGUGGUUAAGCACAAGUCAUGCUUUUAUUGGUUCAAACAUAUCGACUCUUCGGUCCAUUUCUAAAGCUUCCAGUCCACAAGUUAGUGAGUCUUAAUCAUGGGUUUAACCAUAAUGGAAUUAUUGACUGAUACCUUCAUGAUUCAUUCAAAUUCCAGAACUGCAAUGUUUGCCCUUUGGAGCUGUUAAAGUGCAAAACUACAUUUAAUCUGGAACAAUUAAAUCAGUUCAUAUUAAGAGUAUGGAUUGUUGUAGUAUCUGAAUGAUAAUAUGAUAUGAUAGGGUCUUGAGGGAUGGGAGAUGGGGCAAGGAGUACUUCAUUAGCCAAUAGUAGGGAUGUAGCGAUACAUCGAGUCUUUCAGUUAACAUGGCUUCGAGUGCAUGAUACGACAAAUCAUUGUUUUUAGAUUUCUGAAAAUUCUAAGGUACUAGAUUGAACACAUCUUGAAAAACAUGACAGACAAUUGCUGCUCUUUUUACAGCAAUAACAAAUUCUGUAUAAGCAGAGUUGAGCUGUAUUUAAAAGUCACUUAUUUUAUCGUCAUUGUUUCACUCAAGUAAUUUCUCAAGAAGUACUUGUGGAGAUGCUAUUUUCCUACAUAAGUAUCAAAUUAUUGACGAGCAAUAGUGCAACUCUAGGGGGGGUACCCGAGAUGUAUUUGUCAUGCAAUAAAUGUAAAUCAGUACUACGGUAGCAGGAACGGAAUUUCAACAAUGUUACACGAGUGAACAGUGUAAAUCUAGCCUCAAGUGUUUGCCAGAUAUGAUAAGUUUAACACGUAGGCUUUCGCGACCUUUAUCAUCCAUAAUACGGGUUUUUGUUGGGUUAGAGCGUGUAAAUUACAGCGUUUUUGGGUUAGAUCGUGUAGAUUACGCGAUCUAACCCAAAAAGCUGUAUUUUGCAGAUAUGAUAAAUGUAAAUAACAUCUCUUUGAUACAAUAUGUCAUUUUGUUUAUUUUUUUAUAAUAAACAAAUAUAUUUUCAUAUCUCUGUAUGGGUGUUAUUUGUUGCAACCCAAUUCCAAUUUUCCAGGCGCACGGUGUCUGCCUGUAUUUGAGGUGAGCGUUGAGAAGAAAUUAUAUACAUCAGCUAGAAUUUAUCCCGGGCACAUCACAAACCAUGAUGCUAUGGACACGUGUAACAACAUUGCUUUAAAAACAUCCCAAAGCAAUCCCAAUGUAAAAACAUGCUUUGAAAUAACACUGGUAAAAAAAAAUUGGCGGAUGUUUUGUAUUUAACUGUAAUGCUGCAAUAUAACAAUCAAACUCUCUAGUGCAUUGUAGAUAUGUUUUCAUUGGCGGUUGGUGUGCAGUGCCUUCAAGAGUAUUUAAAGCUGGUUUUGCAGUGGCCACUUUAACAAAGUGUAUCCCAAAACCACGCCUGCCGUCCAUGCUGUGUAUAGAAUGACUCAUAGGUUUGUUAGAUCACUGACGUUUACAAAAUCAACCCGUCCCAAGUGUCAGAUUGGUGGCUGUGGGCUAUAUUAACCCACUAUCAUAAAUUACAUACCAUAUAAAUAAUUGCCGACGUCUAAUGGUGAGCACACUGAACUUGCAAUCCAAAGGUCACCGGUUUGAUUCGAUUUCGCUGAGCGGCAGUUGAAACAACGGUGCAAGUUCCUUAAAUCCCCCGUCUCUGUCCAGCAGUAUAAAUGGAUACACCUGGGCCAAGUGUGGUGGGGUAGAGCGUGGGUAACUUCCAUCUCUUUCAAGACGUCUGGCGAGCAUGGAAGAGUAGGCCAAGGUACUCUACAAUCGGCUCUUUUGAGUUCCCU